AUGUUCGUCGGCGACCUCGUCCACUUCCGCGCUGCCCUCAGCAACGGCAUCACCCACGAGAUGAUUCUCUGCCCCUCAACCGCCACCACGCCUGCCACCUCCGCCGCAAACACCCCAGACAACCGCUCCCUCGCCUCGGAGAAGAAGAAGAAGCGCUUCUCCUCCUUCUUCUCCCGCCCCCGCCCCGUUGUCAAGGCCGCCAACGUCGGCGCCGGCAUGAAGCUGCCCAUGAACAUUGUCUAA